AUGGGGGUGAGGUAUCCGAGACUACGGUCUGAGUCUCCCCAUCAGUCCUUCUCUUCACGCUUGACACCCUCUCCGCCAGCAUCUCCGAGAGAGAGUACACAUCAGCAAGCAAAAAGCAACUUGUUAUUGCAGAUCCUGGACUCUCAUAAGAUAGUCCCCGACAGGGCGCAAUGGGACCGCGUCAUGAACACCUUCUGUGAUGAGGUCUUGCUUCUAGUCCCCUUUUUGCACCCGCCAUCAGUGUGGGAGGCAUACGAGAACAUGUGGGAUGCACUUGCCUCCCGUUCAGGGCACCGCCACGGCGAAUGGAGAUUGACAGCAUCAUACAUCCUGCUGUGCCUGGCCAAUGGAACAUGUGUCGAAUCCUCACGGGUGAAUGACCAAGAAGUGCAGUACUCCGCUGGUUGGAGUUUGUACCGAGCGGCGAGAGAUAUCUUUGGAGAUCUUUUGGAUGCCUUUAGUGAGUGUACUGACCAGAUACUCGUGCUGCAAAACAUCAUUUUGAUGGUCGUUUACCUGUUUCGACUUGAUGCACACGGACCGGCCGAAAAGCUGCUGGCCAUUGCGAUAUCGCAUCUACACCACAUUGGGCUGCAGCGCCGUCAAGUGGUGGAGAACAUGAGCACAUUUGAAAGCGAGAUGGCUCGUCGCCUGUGGUGGUGUACAUAUCUCAUGGACCGAAGACAGGCGAUUGAGACUGGUCGGCCAUUCCUCAUUCAGGAUCUCAACGUUGAUGUUGGCCUCCCCCAAGUGAUGAGCGAUGGGGAGCUUACCAGACAUCGAGUUGGAAAUUCUCUGCAGCCCGAUGAUACCGAUGCUACAAAGUCGCCCACGACGAUACCCUAUCUCAUUGCUAUGGUGAGCUAUUCGAAGGUAGUAGGUAAAGUUUGGGAAGCUCUGUAUGGCGCCUCAACGUCAAACUCUACGCCCAGUCCACUUCUGAAGGAGUACCUGGAGCUUCUGAUAACGCAGUCUCAAAGUGACCUUCAGCCAGAGUUCACCUAUGACCCACAGAGCCCAGGGGACUACAAAUCAAAUGGACUGGCAUGGUGGCAAAUCAAACAACAGUUAAUGAUAAGGAUUCGGUGGUCAUCCUUAUAUCUCCUUAUCAGAAAGCCUAUGCUUCAUGGCAAAGGAAAUCCAUCUUUACCUGCCCCAGAUGCAGUUGAGAACGAAGUUGUGUGCAUGCGACUAGCACAGAGCACCAUCAAAGACUUCAGAAAUGUACCGGAGGAUCAUCCAAAGUACACAUUUCCAUUUUUACAUUAUCUCACGAAUGCGAUCAUCACUGCGUUGGGAUUGAUCAUCAAACAGACUUCCUUCAAGAAAACAUACGGAGUUUUAACAUUGGAGGCUGCACGAUCUCUGAAAAAGCACUGUCGAAAAACCUGGGUCUCAGGGAAAAUGGCCCGCGCUGUCUGGAAAUUGAACCAAAUGGCGGAGGCUAUUCUGAAUCCAAGCACCCGCCACGAAGCCUCAGGAGACCGUGACAGACCUUCGUCUCUGUCGGUUGAUGUAUCGCAUUCGAGUAGUGAUGCUCAGUCCAGAACAUCCCAACCAGAAAUGCAUCUCAACACCCCAAGUCAAAGAUUGCCACAAUCAACCAAAGAGUUGUCAGAAAGUUCUGCACGAAUGCAGGUCUGUCAUCCCAGCACCUUGGAACAAAGGCAUUCCAUGUCAGCAGAUAGCCUGCCUAGGCCUAUCAUCCCUCAGGGACUAGGCCCUGGUAUUGAAGCCGGGGUACCACAUAGCGUGGAAGCAGCGGAGAUACCAACCGGUAUGUCCGUCGACGCAAGUUCUAGCGUAUGGGACAUUCCACCAGCUCCGUUUCCCGUUCUAGACGCGGAUGUGGUAGGAUCUGAUACAAAUUCCUGGCUACCGGGAGAAAUGAUAGAUGGAGGGAUGGAAUGGCUUCAGGGACUGUAUGCUAGCGAUUUGGAUUCGCAUGUGCCACUGGAUUUUCCCUGGCAGUGA